AUGGAGAACCAGCAUAAGAGAAAGAAGGUGUUGGUCGUGGGUGCUGGAGCUGCAGGUAUGAGCUGCGCCCACCACCUCGCCGAGCAGCCCGACAAAUUCGACGUGACGCUCGUCGACGCAGUAGACUACUGCGGUGGUCAAGCGUACAGUAUCCCCAUCGACAAGAACAAGUAUGGUGCCAGUUGGCUCAACCAGGGUGUCCAAGGUGGCUCGUACAUUUUCCACCACACCAUGACCAUGUUCGCUCGCCAGGGCCACCACGCCGACCCCGUUAAAUUGCAUGUCUCGUUUGGCAAGGAUGAGCAAUUCUGGACGAAUGUGUACUCGACUAUGAUGCUGAAAAAGCAUGAGAAAGAGGUUAGACGCUUCUACUACAUGAUCAAGAUGAUCCGCUGGUUCGAGGUCUUUUUCGCUUUGAUCCCCAUCAAGUACGUGGUCAAGCUCUUCAUGUUCUCUGAGGAGUUUGCAAACGUGGUUGCGCUACCAAUGGUCGCUCUCUUCCUCGGUACCGGCAACUACGCCCCCGAAGUCCCCAGUAUGGUCCUGGAGCGCCUCUGCACGAGUCCCACCUACGGAAUGUGGUAUCCCACCGACAAAGCCAGCGUAGCCAGCAACAUGCCCCCCAUGGUCGUCUUCCCCAACUUCAGCGAAUUCUACGGCGACUGGAAGACCAGUCUGGAGAAGAAGGGCGUCCACAUCCGUUUGUCUACGGAAGUCACCCAAGUAGUCCGCAGAAACAAAGACGGCGUCGACGUCAAGAUCAUCAAGCGCACUCCCGCUUCCGACGGCCACACCCAAGACUCAGCCUGGGUGCCAAACACAGUCGAAGGUAGCAACGGCGACCCAAACGCCACCGAGCAAACCGAACACUACGACGAAAUCGUGCUUUGCGUACUCACCGACACCGCAAAGCGCCUGCUCAAGCCUUGCGCAACAUGGAAAGAAAACAAAGUACUCGGCAGCGCCAAGUUCGCCAACGACAUCACCAUCACUCACUCGGACGCCGAUUACAUGCGCAAACACUACGAGAUGGAAUUCAACGAAGAGCAAGCCGUCACCACCCUCAACGGCAAAGACCAAUCCUCCCGAGUCGACUUUGCGCGCAAAAAUUUCAAGCCCAUGUACCUCAUCAAAAUGUACCCUCAAGAUCUGACCAAGCUGGAAAUGAGUUUCAACUGCAGCAACUACCAAUCCCAAUUCCCUCCCGACACUCCCUUGGACAAUGCAGUCUUCCAAACCAUUUUCCUCAACAAAGACAGAGACUCACAUCUGUGGAGCAUUGACGAGAUUGACGAGAGCAAAAUCAUCAGAAAGGAUUGGUGGCACCAGCUUUGCCACAGCUUCACCCACUACCUCUUCGUGGUCCCGUGGAUGUGGACGCUAAACGGCAAAAACCACACCCGCUUCGCCGCAGCAUGGACAAUGGUAAACGCCCACGAAGUCGCCUGCAUCUCUGGAAUCGCAGCCGCCGUCGACCUCGGCGCCACGUACCCCGAAGACCUCGAGCGCGAUCGCUUCGCCCUGCUUGCAUUCCGACUGUACUACCUGCUGGCAUAUGGCAAAUGGUACAAGAAGAAGCACGCAGGCAAGAACAGCAAGGAGAGUUACUCGACCGGUGUUUACGGGUCAGUGUACUCUGGUCCCGGCGUCGCUGACGAGGAACGCACGUGCUGGAAGAAGGAAGUCGAGAACGGACGUUCGUUGAAGGACUUCAGCAUGGCAAAGUCUGAUUAG